AUGGCAGCCGCGGAGGCUCUGCUGGCGUAUGAGCCUUUACAGCAGCUCCAGCAUGAGAAUUUUCUUCUGCGUGAAGAGUGUCGGCAGCUGCAGAGCGAGGUGCGGGAACUCCUGGCCUGGAAGGACAAGGCGGUCUCUCACAUGGCCGCAAUGGCCCCUGCUCGCCGCCGAGCAGCACGAGAAGUUGAACGCGCUAAGCAGCUGCAGCAGCAACUCCGCACUGUCGAAAGCUCGUUGAAAUCCCGAGGCGCCUUGGAACUAGCCACGGCCGAGCUGGAAGCAGAGCGAGAGGCUCUGCAGCUGCGGGUCGAAACACUCAGGCGUGAAAAUGGCACGCUGAAGCUUCAAAGCGAGAGCAGGAAGCGUCGAGCGGACGAAGCGGAGGCACAACUGGCGGCAUUGGGCGAAUCGUUCCGCCUGCAUCUUGAGCGUCUUAACGAUGGUACCGGCACUAUUACCAUCAACAACCAGGACCCGGUGACUCCCGAUCAUGCGGAAGAAGAUGCAGAAUCGUCAUCAUCAUCGUCUUCAGCUCCCGUGAACUCUGCAGCUCUAGUGACCGGACUAGACGCCGUCGCGACGAAGUGUCUAUCGUGGCUCCAAGAACACUUGGCGCAGUCGUUUGCUCUACAGCAGCGCAAGGCAGCUCUCUACGAGGCCCAACACGCAGAGAUGAAGCGGCUGAAAGAGCAGAUACAGGAUGCUGGACGGGUUCCUGAAAAACUAGCCGCGGAACACGUCAAACAGAUUCGAGAGAUCGCUGAGCUACGCGAAUCGCAAGAGCGACUUCAGCAACGCGUAGCAGAAGCCGAGCACUUGGUGAACGUGCAGCAGCAGCGCAGAGAAGACAUGGCAACUCGCCUCCGUCUCGUGGCGGGUGAAGUGCGCCAGUACUUGAGACUCGUGCGCGGUGAGAUCAAGCGCAAGUUUGGCUAUCUGCCUGAGGCCAUUGCCCACGCCGAGAGCUGGACUCGGAUCGCCGAGGCGCUUGAAUUGCUGUUGUGCCAGGGAACGGAUCGGUGCGUUGCUCGAAGUCGAGCAAACGACAAGAUCUGA